GCCAUGGACGGGGCUGGUAAACGAUUAUGCAGACUCUGCAUUCUCGUCAAUUUUCCAAGCCAUCGGUGAUCGGCAGUGGUUGGACCAAGUGGACUUCAUCUUCAUCCUGGAUGCUGGGAUCAAGGAGUUUUUUCCGAGACACGUGCUGCGAGAUGUGUCACAGAUGGACUUGGAGAGGUCUGUCCUUGCAGCACAUGACCGAGCCUUCGAGGAGCAGAGGUACCUACCAAAGCUGUGGGAUUGUCUCGACUCCAUGGGGUUGUCUGGCAAGACUCGGAAGAAAGCUUACGAUAGCGUUGACGAAGGGCGCAAGGUUGCGCUGAGAUAUAUGCGAGAUCCUUCCCCUCCUGACGAGGUGAAGGCAUUUGUCUCACGUUGGGUCGACUCAACCGUGAAACACUUGCACAGAUCCACACAGGGCGAUCCCACGAGCGUCCUGGAAGAGCACCAGGCAACCGAGGUUUUCGAGCGGCUCUUGAAGGCUAUGGGUCAUGCGAGUCAGUGGGCAGGGGCAGUAAACUUCUGCAGGUAG